AUGAAGCUCGCUCGUUGUCUACUAUGCUGUUCCACCAAACGUGGAAAAGAACGCAAGCACGAAGGCUUGGAAGAUCAAGAUCAGGAGAGCAAGAACACGAAGAAAACGACUCACCUGUUGUCAAGGCUACGAAUUCUUUACGGCGUGCGAAAGGUCGCUUGUGGUGUGAACGGAUCUAUCAAUCCAGUGUUCGGAAAUCAUACAGUCGUCCUAAUUAACAGUGAUACGGAUCAUGUUGAUGGGAUUUCGUUCAAAGUCACCGAGGAGAAGUGGAUGUCGAACUUUGCGAAUCUUGAACAAUUUGCCAGAGUAGGAAAUAAGUUGUGCUCGUCUGGUCCGAUUGGCCUGAUCAACUUUGGCAUCAGCGAUGAGCAUGUGGAGUAUGAUUGGAGCAUGAUGGAAAGCAUCAUGGAUGCAAGGUAUCAUUACAACGAUCCAAAUGCACCUGACGAUGCGACGGACGUGGCGACGACUACACGUGGGAGUCCAUCGUCGGACAAAGAAAAUAGUAAUAUACGCUCGUCGCCUCGAAAGGCGCCACGUCCACUGCAAAAACCUCCAAUAAAGUCGCUGUCGCCAAGGAAAACUAAUGGUCUGCUGAGAUCUCCGGUGAAAUCGACGCCCCCACAGCAAGACUGCAGUUCUCCGAAAUCGGGACUGUUGAGGACACUGUCGCCGCGAAAAUGCAAUGCUGUGCCAAAAUCUCCAGAGAAAUCCUUAUCGCCUAGGAAAGCUAACGGUUCACCGAAAUCACCGGUAAAAUCGUUGACGCCCCAAGAAAUGAACGGUUCAACGUCUGAUAUCGAUUCGGGCCUUCCAAAUGGUGUCCUCGAUCGUAUUCCUGGUCUAGUUUGUCCUUUUACAAAUAAGGCAUUCAAUACUGUUGAGGACCUUGAGCAACAUCUUCAAACGUCCUAUUCAGUAUUCAAAUUUGAGAUUAUUAAGUCCACACCCUUUACCGUCCAUUUCAUUGUCUCCAGCGCUGUGUCUCGUACGGACUGGGAAAAACCACGCGCAGAUCCGGAACAAACGAGGGUUCCAAUUGUGACAGCCAUUUCUCCGAAGAAAAAGAUUCUGUAUGCACCACCGGUUGAAGUUCCUGUGAAGAGGAAGAACGAGCUCCCAAAGGCUCAGAUGAUUCCAUUUGGGGAAAUGUCAUUCGUCCCUCCGACAUAUUCUCGGGUCCCUGGACCAUCGUCCGCAAAAGUUUAUCACUCGGUGAUUGAGGACACAUGUGAUUGGAAAGGCCAUCUUGUAGAGCGGAAUAUUCGAGAUUACAUCGAUGACACGCCGCAAGAGAAAGAAUUUAUGUUGCUUCACAACCGCUUCCGUGCCAAAUAUCGACAUUUAAUUGUUGGACAGAAGCUCACGUUGGACUUUUAUACGAAAUUCGUUGAAAGUUGUGGUAUGGAAAUGAAGAAGAAACGUAUACGGGCACACUGUGUAGCGCGGCUCACUCGACUCGUACAACAGGACAAAAUGACGCCGACCAACAUGGCCACUCUAACUCAAAAAUUGUACGAGUUAGGUCCAAACGAGGCAGAUUAA